AAUGCUGGAGCAUUAACCUCCCUGGCGGUAUUCCCGAGUGUAGCUCGGGGUAAAGUUUCAGCACCACAAGCGGUAACCCCAAGUUACACUCUGGAAUACCUUGCAGCGUUGCUCCGGGAUCUCUUCUUUACUUACCUUGUCCUGCGCUCCCACGAUGUCCCCCGUGCAGUGUCCCCUGGUAAUGUCCUCCGGCCGAUGCCGGCAUCUGUCUUCCAGGUUCCAUUCCUUGCGACGUCAGGAUGUAUGGGGACGGAACUGGUGGGAAAUUUUAAAAUUUUAAAAGUGACAUUCACUAAAUUCACUAAAACCACAUAGUAAAACAUUACUGUAUCAAACCAUUUCACAUACAU